CAUUACUCCAAAUCCAAAAUGAUCAUAUAAAGAAGAGUACUAAAAGCUAAUAUACACUCUAUAUAUAACAAGUUUAAAGGCCUCCAAGUGAACAGCAAAAAGAUCCUUACAGGACUAGUGCGUUGCGAGUUUUUAUCAAGUAGUAAUCAAUGGAUCAAGCCACUCAACAUCUCUAUAUGAAUAAGGGCAUUUCAGAAUUUAGUUAUUCCUCUAACUCACCAGUUUCAAAGACAGCUAUAUACAAAACGAAGCCAGUGGUAGAGGAAGCAAUACUGGACAUAUUAUCCAAGUUCUGUAGCAGUACUACCAUCUCUGCAACCGAGAAGAUUCCGAGUAUAUGUGUUGCAGAUUUAGGUUGUUCUUCUGGCCCAACUGCACUGCUGGUCAUUUCUGACCUGUUGGACACUAUUUACGACAAAUAUCGUGAGGCUACCAUGGUUAUGCCCGAGAUCCUCGUGUUUCUUAAUGAUCUUCCUGGGAACGACUUUAACAAUCUUUUCAAGUACUUCAAAAGUUUUUGCGAAGAGUUAAAAAAUACCAAAGGAGAUGGUUUUGGACCAUGUUUUGUUGCUGGGUUGCCGGGCACAUUUUACGGUAGACUUUUUCCAAGUAACAGUGUUCACUUCGUUCAUUCUUGCUACGGUCUCCACUGGUUAUCCCAGGUUCCUACAGGGAAUGAAAGCAAUAAGGGGAACGUUUAUAUCGCAAAAUCAACUCCUCCUCCCGUGAUUGAAGCGUACUUGAAGCAGUUCAAGGAAGAUUUUAUCGUUUUUUUGAAGUGUCGUUCCGAGGAACUAAUCAGGGGAGGACGAAUGGUGCUAACAAUCUUGUGCAGGGAAAGUUCAGAUCCUACCAGUAAAGAGUGUUGCGCUUUGUUUGGGCUAUUAUCCAUGGCACUCAAGGACAUGGUUUCAAAGGGAGAGGUUGAAGAGGAGAAAUUAGACAUAUGGAACUUUCCAAUUUAUUUUCCAUCCGUCGAAGAAGUGAAAGCUAUAAUCCAAAAUGAAGGUUCGUUCUGGGUUAAUCAACUAGAGACAUUUCACGUGAAUUGGGAUGGUAGUGAUUCUAGUGAAGGAGGUUCAAUGACAGACACGCUCAAAAGUAGUUAUCUCAUUGCCAACAACAUCAGAUCCGUCUCAGAGUCUUUACUAACGAGUCAUUUCGGGAAGGAGAUAAUACAUGAAUUGUUUGUUAGGUUCAGGAAGAAAAUUGAAGAAUAUGCUGUCAAGGAGAAAACCGAGUACACUAACCUUGUUAUUUCCGUGACUAAUGGUGGAAUGACCUAGCUCAUCCUGGUUUGGACUUGGAAGUAAUUUUCUCUUGUUAUUUUUUAUAAAGUUUCUCUAAAGGUGUGAUUGUGCCCCUAUUAGUCGCAUAUUUUAUUGAGAGAUGAUGGAGCUACCGAGGGCUGUUUGAUGUUUUUACUGUAUUUUUCUACUUCA